GGAAGGAAGGGAGGCUGUCUGUUUGCAGUGCAGCUAUUCUUCAAUACUUGCGGGGUAGAGUCCGUCCACUCUAAAACCCUAAUUCGAUCUCUCGCUCUCUCUCUCGCUCGCUCGCUCCUCCGCUGUGUCGUCACCGUUUCGCCGAGCUCCGCGCAGCAUGGCGGACAUCGCCGACGAUCUUCUCAAGGAGAAGAACCCGCCCCCGCUCGAUGAGGAUGACAUCGCACUGCUCAAAACCUAUGGCUUGGGUCCAUAUGCAAAUUUAAUCAAGAGGACUGAAAAGGACAUCAAAGUGAUGGCUAAGAAGGUCAACGACUUGUGCGGAAUCAAAGAGUCCGACACCGGGCUGGCAGUGCCUAGUCAGUGGGAUCUCGUAUCAGAUAAGCAGAUGAUGCAAGAGGAACAACCAUUGCAGGUUGCCAGGUGUACAAAGAUAAUCAACGCCAAUACGGAUGACUCCAAAUACGUCAUCAACGUGAAGCAGAUUGCCAAGUUUGUUGUUGGAUUGGGUGAGAAGGUGUCUCCAACAGAUAUAGAGGAGGGUAUGCGUGUUGGGGUAGACCGAAACAAGUACCAAAUCCAGAUUCCGCUGCCACCUAAGAUUGACCCGAGUGUCACUAUGAUGACAGUAGAAGAAAAGCCAGAUGUUACGUACAAUGAUAUUGGAGGCUGUAAGGAACAAAUAGAAAAGAUGCGUGAGGUAGUGGAGUUGCCUAUGUUGCACCCGGAGAAGUUCGUAAAAUUGGGAAUCGACCCACCUAAAGGAGUUCUUUGCUACGGUCCUCCCGGUACUGGGAAGACUCUGUUGGCUAGAGCUGUUGCAAAUAGGACAGAUGCAUGCUUCAUUCGUGUUAUUGGCAGUGAGCUUGUUCAGAAAUAUGUAGGAGAGGGAGCUCGCAUGGUUCGUGAGCUUUUUCAGAUGGCUCGUUCAAAGAAGGCCUGCAUUGUAUUUUUUGAUGAGGUAGAUGCUAUUGGAGGUGCUCGGUUUGACGAUGGAUUGGGGGGUGAUAAUGAGGUUCAAAGAACAAUGCUUGAAAUCGUCAAUCAACUUGACGGUUUCGAUGCUCGUGGUAAUAUCAAAGUAUUGAUGGCAACGAAUAGACCUGAUACACUAGAUCCAGCGCUUCUACGGCCAGGUCGGUUGGAUCGUAAGGUAGAGUUUGGGUUGCCUGAUCUGGAAAGCCGAACCCAGAUUUUCAAGAUCCAUACGCGAACCAUGAAUACCGAGCGAGACAUUCGUUUCGAGCUUCUUUCCCGCCUUUGCCCCAAUUCAACAGGAGCAGAUAUCCGGAGUGUGUGUACAGAGGCAGGUAUGUAUGCCAUUCGUGCACGCAGGAAGACUGUGACAGAGAAGGACUUUUUGGAAGCUGUCAACAAGGUCAUCAAAGGAUACCAGAAAUUUAGUGCGACACCCAAAUACAUGGUGUACAAUUAGUCAGCUUUAUUACGUGAAGGCGUUCAGAAGUUGAUACGAUCACUUGUCUCAUUGGUGACGAGAAGUUGUAACCUCAUAUUGUAAAGACGUCUAAGAGAUUUUCUCUUGGCACACACCAUCAUGUUGGUGUAGUCGUGAAGUGCAACAUAUUUUAAGAAUUCGACUUCAAAAAUUCCACGUUUCAA